AUGAGCAAGCGAAUUUGUCGUGCCGCAGUGGUGCACAGAUUCGGUGGACCCGAAACGAUUGAGGUUGCGGAUUGUGGAAUGCCGCAAAUUAAGAACUCGAAUCAGGUGCUCGUCCGCAAUCAUGCCUCUGGAAUCAAUCCGGUCGACACCUACAUCCGUGCCGGCCAAUACGCCAAACUCCCAACGCUCCCAUAUUCGCCAGGAAAAGACGGAGCCGGAAUCGUUGAGCUAGUGGGCGACGCAGUGAGAAAUGUCAAGGCUGGCGACAGAGUUUGGUACGGAAUGGAAAGUGGAAGUGCCGGAGAGUACAACGUCGUGAACCGCCCGUUUCCACUGCCAGAUGGUGUUAGCUACUCGGAAGGCGCGUCGUUGGGCGUGCCAUAUAUGACAGCGUACAGAGCACUGUUUCAUUUGGCUGGCGCCAAGACUGGCGAUGUGAUUCUCGUGCACGGAGCAUCUGGCGGAGUGGGCAGUGCGCUGAUGCAGCUGGCGGCGUGGCGAAACAUUGAAGCCGUUGGAACUGCCGGAUCCAAGAAUGGGUUACAGUACCUAAAACGUCUCGGCGCCAAACAUGUCUACAAUCACUCUGAAACUGGCUACGUGGCGAAAAUGAAAGACGACUACCCCGGCGGAUUCAAUUACAUCUUUGAAAUGGCCGCCCAUACGAACCUCAACACCGACUUGGGUCUACUGGCGCCACGUGGCAAAGUGGCAGUGAUUGGAAAUCGAUCGGAGACCACAAUCAACGCAAGACAACUCAUGGUUACAGAGGGAGCCGUUUUUGGCGUCGCUUUGGGCAUGUCAACUGAAGCGGAACUAGCGGAUUUUGGACAUAAUAUUGUGAAUUUCUUAAAGGAAACUGAACACCGACCAAUUAUCAAUAAGGAAUACAGUUUGGAGCAGCUUGGACAGGCUCAUAAGGAUAUUAUGGAGAAUAGUGGAGCCAAGGGAAAUUUAGUUGUCAAAAUUGAUUGA